GCUACUAGAGCCGCUGCUAUAUUGAAUCGAUAAGGUAGCGUGUGAUAUGAAAAUGGUAAGGUAGGCAGGUAACCGUAACCGCCAAAACAUGAAACACGAAAUAGCAUUGCAUAUCAUGUCUACUCUGUGUCUCGUCUGUGUUUAAAUCAACUUUUGAGGUUAGCUGUCAAAGUAUAAUAAUGUUCAUCGUUACGAAAGAAAUUGACAGCGAAAAUAUUGGUAAAUUAUGCCGUACUUGUCUAAGAGAGGAUGGCGACAAAAUGGUUUGUUUGUUCGUGGGACCGGCUGAGUCGUCUCUCGCUGCUAAAUUGCGAUCUCUCUCCUGUCUCGAAGUAUGGCAGGGCGAUGGUCUUCCAGAAAAAAUGUGCGACCGUUGUGUAACCAGAGCGGAAUCUGCUCUAUUAUACAGGGAACAAUGUCGUGCAGCUGACAGAGCGUUAAGACAAGCAGUUUUAAAGGUUUCUGGUCUGGCUUCAUACGCAGCGGGUUACAAAUUAUAUCAACAAAAUCAGGGUUUCAUGCCUGUUCAAAAUUCCCAUAAGACUUUGAAAUGUAUAGAAUGUGGAGCAGUAUUUAUGACCUACCAAGAGCUCUGUGCCCACAACAGAUCACAUUUACCUUUUGUCCAAGACGAUAUACCUAUGCAACAUAUGCACAUAGUAGAAUCACAAAAUCCAUACUUCAAUCUUAACUUUGGUCACCUGAGCUCUAAUUUAACCAACGAGAGCAUUCAACACACGCAAUUGUCUCCAUUGAUUAGGUCAAACGUGAUGCAAAUGAUACCAACGAACGGGGAAAACCCUAGCCGAGCUGCUUGCGCGUUACAUUGUUCUUUGUGCAAUCGCACGUUCACCAAUAGAACACAAUUAAUAAGUCAUAGCAUCACCCACAACUCGGAAAGCAUAGAAGUGCCCUGCGAUAACGAGCAUAUAGAUAUCUGCGAGAAUUCAAAUCAAAUUCCUCAAAACUUGAGUUACGAGAGGUCGAUUAAUUCCGUCGGGAAUACUAUCCAAAACUUAUCUUAUCAUAGGUCAACGACGAACGAUAAUAACGAAAUACAAAACUUGGAAUUUCCAGAAAAUAUGGAUUUGGGAGACGAAGUUCGAGAGGGUAGCCCUCGUGUAAGAAACACAGCGAUGUCUGAUUCGGAUACAUAUAAUAUAGCUGUCUAUCGCGGUGUAAGAUUUGCGAAAAGUCUCGAACGUACGGACAACAGGGAGAGUAUCGAUAGAUAUCAAUCGUGCUCUUCGAAUCUUAAUUACAGCAAACAGCAGAUCGAGAGCGAACAUUCUGAAAAUGUGCAACAGCUACAGGCGAAAAAGUACAAAUGCGACGUAUGCUCCAAGUCGUUUUCUCAAAAAUCUAAAUUGUUGACACACCGAUUCUCGCACUCUGGUCAGCAACCUUUCAAGUGUCCCAAUUGCGUGAAAGGUUACUCAUCGAAGAGCAAACUAAACGCUCAUAUGCGAUUACACACGAAAACCAAUGUACACCCGUGUAAAAUGUGUGAUAAAAUAUUUGCAUAUCCUUCUUAUCUGCAGGAACAUUUAAAAACACACAGACGAAGCGGCAAUAGCAACGGGAGAAACGAGGAGAACAAAGCUUUCGAAUGCGUCAGCUGCAAGAAGAGAUUCCGUUUAUUGAAAAAUCUGAAAGCUCACGAACGACUUCACACAGGGAAAGGUCUGAUGCGAUGCGAAAUAUGCGACAAGACAUUCAGUCGAAAUUAUAAUUUAAAGAUUCACUUGAGAACGCAUAAAGCAGCCAAACCGCAUAAGUGCGAGUACUGUAACAAAUGUUUUGUUCAAAAAGGCAAUCUCGCCGAACAUAUGAGAAUUCACACGAAGGUAAAACCAUUCGAAUGUAAAGCGUGUGGAAAGCGCUUCUCGCAGUCAAGUCACUUGAAGAAUCAUGAAGCAUCCCAUACUACUGUUAGACAACAUCAGUGUCGAUUGUGCGGGAAACGAUUCAAACUUGCGAAUCAUUUGAAGAGACAUCUGAUCUUACACAAUGGUACAAAGUCAUAUAAAUGUCAUCAGUGUAAUCAGUUGUUCUCUCAAGCGUUUAGUCUCACGAGGCACUUGAAAAGGCACGAUUCGCAUACUUAACCGAUGUGUACACUUCUUUUUAUAUGUACAUAGAUACAUCAUCUUAAAAAUAUACAAUUCCAUGUAUAUAAGUAUUUUAUACUAUUUUCAAUGAUUAAUUUUCUCCAUUUUAAACGACUGAAGAUAUUUAAUAUUUGUACAUUCUGAAAGAGGUACAGGUAAACAUUGUAUUACGAUAGAUAAUAUUAGUAGAAAGUAAUUGAGAUACGAUUUUUCAUUGCGAGAUGUAGAUAUAUGUAUAAACUUAUUGCUUUUUUAAGCAAUGAAAAAAGCAAUGAAUAAAAUAUUAAUUUUUUAGAGAUUUAAAAAA